UUCCUCUUCUCCGACUCGACUCGACUCGCCCUCUCUCUCUCUUUCCUUCUUCCUUCCUUCCUUCGUAAUACCCUUUUGCUUUAUCUUUUGAGUCUCUGUAAAAUUUACAAUAAAAUCGCCUUUUUCUUUCUCUUUUGGCCUCGGGUUCUGCUUUGUGUAUGAUUCUGUAUUGUGGUAUAAAAGUGACGAAGAAGGAGUGCGUUGGGUUGUGAACUGUGAAAUUAAUAGUUGCAAUUAAUGGAGAAGGAGAAGAAAGUGAGUUUUGUGAGAAAUGGCGAGCUCAGAUUGCCACCUGGGUUUCGAUUUCAUCCAACAGACGAAGAACUUGUGGUUCAAUACUUGAAGCGCAAGGUCUUGGCUUAUCCUUUGCCAGCUUCAAUCAUUCCUGAGGUUCAUGUCUGCAAAUCAGACCCUUGGGACUUGCCAGGUCAUAUGGAACAGGAGAGAUAUUUCUUCAGUACCAGAGAAGCUAAGUACUCUAAUGGAAGCCGAUCUAACAGAGCCACACUUUCUGGGUAUUGGAAGGCCACGGGUUUAGACAAGCAAAUUUUGACUUCGAAACCCAACAACCAUCAAGUCGUCGUUGGCAUGAAGAAGACUCUGGUUUUCUACAAAGGCAAGCCUCCUCAUGGCUCCAGAACCGACUGGAUCAUGCACGAGUAUCGCCUCCAUAAUACACAGAGCUCUGUGGUGGGUAUGCAGAACUGGGUACUGUGUCGUAUAUUCUUGAAGAGAAGAAAUGGAAAGAUGAGUACUGAAGAACAGAGCAAUUUCAGAGUGAAUAGAGACAUGAUGAACAAGUUAAGCUCAAGGCCUGUGUUCUAUGAUUUCUUAUCACAGAGCAAUAAGAAUAACAAUAAUAAUAGUAAGACUGAUUUGAAUCGGACACCUACCUCGUCGACCUCAAGCAUAAGUGGAAUCACGCAUCUCUCUGGUUCUCGUUCUCUUCACAACGAAUCUGAUGAGCGUGAAGAAGCAAGCAGUAGUUGCAACAGCUUACCGUCUCUUACAAGAAACCCGUGACUAGAAAGCUUUCAUUAAUCUUACUUUGUCCUCAUUCCUAGUUAAUGUUGUUGUUGUACCUUGUACUACUUUUCUGAUCCUUUCUGGUUUUAGAUUAUUGUUAUUAUUAUUAUAAUUAUUCAGAGUCAAAUGAAUACCGGCACUACCUUUUGUUUCCUCUCAAUCUCUAAGGUGUAAUGAAUGGUUUGUACUCUGCUUAAUUGAGCAAUUACAAGUUCUUGCUUCAUCCA